CGUCAACGACCCCAUCUUUUUUACGGUAAUCCAUAACUAUACAAGUUAAAGUUAGUCUUUGGAGCUCCUGUUCGACAAACUCGAAAACAGGGCCACGAGAUCGCAUACAGCCGCAAACAGAGACUGAAAACCAGACUUGAACAUGAACGCCAACAACUCGAAUGAAGCCACCGACGUAUUCCAAGAUGACGGGUCCUUCUGGGAUAUCCAUCGGUGUUGUUACAAAAGAAUCGUCCUAGGCCCGAGGCUGGAAGUAUGGGAGUGGGACGGCUACGGCUGGGAGUCGGCCCUCUACUGGUCCGAGAGGAAGUCUGCCUGGGCAGUGACGACCGCGAAGCCGCGAGAGCACAUCCCCGACACCGGCGCACCAUCUUCACUCCUAAGAGACCUCCACGCUGGGGGCCAUCGUGCCGCCCGCGCCACGGCGUGGCUGAGCGAUGCGUACAAGCAGGCUCUCGGCUUGCCGACGCAGGAAGCUGCCGGUGCUGCCUCGUUCUCGGACGAAGCGCCGGACGACCAACACGCGGAGGACCUGAAGAAGGCCAAGAAGAUUGCUUGGGUGAUUUGGAUAAUGCAAAAGAUUUCUGCAAAGGAGGCUGUCGGUAUGCUUGAAGACCCGGGCGCCGUUGCGAUGAUCCCGUUCCCUGGCGAUAAUCCAAAUCUCGCUGGUGGCGCGUUCAGAGCUCGCAGGCCCAGGCGGGGAAGCCAAACUGUGGCCACCCCCGAGUUGGUGUCGGAGGAAAGAGGCAUGUUUAGGGAUUUCGGAGACGACGGGGCUAGCAAUAUUGAAGACGAUGAUGACAUGCUUGUUGAUUCUGAAGACGAAGAGGGAGAUAUUUACAUGCAAGACGGAUCCCUCGUUGGUACGUCGCGCACUCGGCCUGACUACCAGACCCUCCUCCCAGCCGCGAACGAUCCGGACUACCUCCGCAUCCAGGAGGAGCUCGCUGCGGCGUGGAGCCAGGCCGACCGGCGCAAGUGGACGACCAAGGCACCCGUGGGCCUCAACGCAAACGACACCGAGACCAACCACCACUUCAACGGGCAGCCGCAGCCGUCGGUGGCGGAGCGCCUGCAGCAGCUAUCCAACUUCCUGGCCGACGAGGACGUCGACCGCAGCCGGUUCUGGGAGAGGAACAUCAAGGAGGCCCGCGAGUACGUCGAAGCCAUCCGGACCAUCCCCAUGUCCAAAAAGACGCUCGAGCUGCUGCGGGUGGUCAAGAACAAGCUCCAGGUGCACGAGGGUUAUGAACGGUGGCACGCCAAAGAGGCUCGCGAGCCCAAGGUUCCCACCGGAGACGAGACCCUACCGCCGGUCGGGGCGUCGGCCCAGCGCGCUGACGUCCGCAAGGGCCCGCGCAAGGUCCUGCACCGCCCGCCCGGGGUCGUAAACACCCUGCCAUGGGAGUACGAGAGCGGCCAGAGGCACAUCGACGCGCUGCGCGACUCCCAGACGGCGCUGUGGAGCACCGAAGGCGCCACGGACGAUCAAAGGACCGCACUGGCAUGUCUCGAGCAGGAUACCUACGACGGUGGCAUUGACUCUCCCGCCGGAUGGUUUCCGUUUACCAAGCGGCCUGAAACCGCAGAGGCCUACGUCAUCGAGCGAGGACGUCGGCGCGCGGCGCUGCAGAUUUGUCUGCGCGCGAUCAAGAGCGUCGAGAACAGGGCGGUGCAGACCCUGCAGGAGCGAGUCGUCCCGCCCAUCACGGCCGCCGAGCUGGAGGCGGAGCGCAAGAGCGCCGCGGGCCCGUUCUUCUCGUCCGUCGGCAUGACCAGGGAGGACAUCGAGACGAGGAUGGGCCAGGGCCGCAAGCAGUGGCACCCGCACGGGAUGCCAUACACAAAGAGGAUGAACCGCUUCUGGAGGGAGUGGGACCAGUGGUGGGACGAGGCGAGGAAGACGACCGAGCUGGACAGACACAACGCCAAGUCCGAGACGGAUGUUGAUGCGCACAUGAACGUCAAGGCUGGCUGGGCCGCGCUCCCGCAGCCGAGGUCCGUCUACGCCGACGUGGUGACCCUGCAGGAGUCGUACAACAGAGCCCUGGAGGGCAUGUGUAUGAACAUAGUCAAGAUGCUCGAGCGUACGGACUUGGUGGCGCCCAGGCCGCUGAUCAAGACCUGCCUCGAGAUGUACGACCUCGCCUGCAACAACGAGGAGAAGGCGCCAGACGAGAUUCAGUGGCGGGAUGUAGAUCAGGAGCAUGGAACCUGGAGGCCGCUCAACGUGAUCGAGCUCGGCUAUCUGCGGCUGCUGAGCACCAGAUCCAUCACGCCCAAGAUGCUGUGCCGACUCGAGGACCGCGGGGCGCUUUACCUUGCCUUUGCGGAGCGGCUGCAGCGGAUCCUUGACGACCUGUCCGAGGACAACAUCUUUGAGACGCGCGACACGGCCGUCCCGGUGGAGAGGCUGCUCGAGGAGAUGCACAAGGGCGUCGAUGGGCUGAACCAACGUACACGCUUCUCCGUGUCUGACGCGUGCAGCUGGCUAGACAGGCUGCAGAAGCAGGGCCGGAUCCGGUUCCACAAGAGCGUCAAGGCGUACGCCUACGUCCAACGCCCGCUCGCACACGUCCAUCCCGAGUAUCAGAUCGGCUACGUUCCGAGCAGGGGCGACACGAGAUUCAAGCAGCCCACAAACAUGUCAAUCUACAAAGACUUUGACGCAGUCCUGGCCCCUCGGCCUCAGGAUAUGGUGACCUGGGAACAAAUUAUCGGCAGCCGACCGCCGGGGUUCUGGGAAGACCACGAGGAGGUCGAGUGGGCCGAGUCUGGAAGGGCCAGGAGACAAGAGCACGAGAGAGCAAACCCCGGAGAGCCGCAGGAGAAGCUCCUCAGACCCGCCGUCACCAACUUCUUCAUGGCGCUCUCCUACAGGCUCGGCUUCACGCUCCUGAAGCUGAAGCAGCGAAACCAAGUCGGCAAGUUGACCAAGCAGGACAUGGCCCGUUCCAUAGCCGACUGGAUAGAGACCAAGACCAAGUGGGACCGAGUGCUUGAGGCCUCUCCCGACGUGGCAGCCGCGCCGACGACGCUUGUACAGGUGCUCGCCGAUAUGGACAAGGACAAGCCUGCGCCCGAGACGGAGCAGGAGGCGGCCAAGUUGAUCCGCAAGAGGAUCAUCGACGAGGCCGAGGCCAACCUCAACAACCUGUACCCGACCGAGUUCAAGACGUACCUGGCCAAGGACGGCAGCCACGUCACGCUGCCGAUCCGCGACGAGAUAUGGGACUGGGGCGCGCCUGAGAUCCGCGGGCGGGCGAGGCAGUACUUUUCGCUCAGGCGGUGGCCGGUGCACUUGCAGACGGCGGCAGAUCAGGAGGUCAUAACGAGGGACCGCGAUCUUGAUCCAGAGGUACUGUGGGAUCCUUGCGCAGAGGAUCUGACCGGGCCAGAGUGGCUGCUUCAAAAGGCGACACCUUGGCAGUUUGAGCCUGUCAAGGUCAAGGAAGGGGGUAGUGGGUAUUGGUUUGGAGAUACCAAGUUGCAGAAGGAGUACAUUGAAGGGGCGGUAACUAAUAGGUUUGCCGAGGCGCUAUUUGGCCCUCAAGAUCCCAAGAAGGGUAUUUUUUCUCGACUCUCUGGGUUUUUCCCGUCAGCAUCGAGACCCUCGACUCCAACGACAGAGCAGCAACUCCCGGAAGGUUCAAUCAUCCCAAUGCAGAUAGACUAUCAGUCGCAUGAGAAACCUUAGGUCACCAGGCAAGGGCAAAACGAGAACUGAUUAACUAGUAUAGUGGAUGGUACCGGUAUGGACGUUUGAAGUAUUGUGCAAUCAUGAUUAGUGUAGAAUAAAAACGAACUUCCCAUUUCACA